CCUCCACGGCGUUUACGGAAGUGAGCCCCUCUGUGCGACCGUUACCGGUGUUGUGCUCUUUAUCAACAUAUCGACUGUAUCAGAAGACUGGAAACGGCUACGGGGGAAGAAACCGGCUGCGAUCUGUAAAUAAAUACUAAAAUGAAACCUUCACUGGACUCCGACGAAGAAGAAGAGAUAGGGGCAUAUCAGAAGAAAUUAAGAGAGAGAGCCAACCGCAGCAUACAGCAGCUCAGUAACAUGCUGGUGAAUCAGAGCAAUGAUGCUGAAGCCAUGGAGCAGUCGAGCGGUCAGCACAGUCCACCAGGGAGCUCGAGACAGCAAACACAGCAGAGCGAAGCAGUCAGUCAGCUCCGUUCAUUGCUUCAGAAACAACCUAAAGAAGUCAGCUCUCCUUCUCCUUCCAAAAGGAAACCUGUUCCAAAGAAACAGGAAGAUGACGGAAGUUUACCUCCAGUCCAGGAUCUGGUUCCCAUCAUCCACAACCAGUCAGAGUAUAUCCAACACCUUGAAGCUGAGGUCAAGUUCUGCAAGGAAGAACUGCUUGCGAUGAAGCAGCGAGUCAGGGUAGUGGUGGUAGAGAAUGAAAAGCUGCAUGAGGAGCUCAGGGCAAAGAUGCUAGAAGACACUCUGAAAGAAUACACUCUCCUGGAUGGCACGGUACAUGCUGAAACGUCAGUAGAUAAAAUUACAACACCAGCAGCAAAACCAAGACAGGAUUUCAUUCAAAAAACAGAUGACAAGAAGUGGGAAAAAGAGCUGGAGCAGUUAAAAUGUUUGUACCAAGCACAGUCUGAAACACUGGAAGCUCAGGUCGUUUCACUGAAGAAGGAAUUGAUGAGCGCUCAGACAGAAUGCGAGGACCUGAAAGAGCGUCUGAGACACAAGGAAGCGAUGGCCAGUGUAUCGGGGACUGGUCAGCGUGUCGGAGGUCUGUGUCUGAAAUGCGCCCAGCAUGAGGCUGUACUGGCGGAAACACACUCCAACAUUCACAUCCAGGCCAUCGAGCGACUCACCAAAGAGCGAGACGAGCUGAUGACGGCGCUGUGCUCUCUGAGGGCCAGUCAGAGUGAGGCACAGCAAAGGGAGUGGGCUGCCUAUCAUCAAGUCAAACAGGCUGUGGAAAUGGCAGAGGAGGCGAACCUGGAGAAGACCAAGGCGGUAGUACAGUGUGAGCACGUCCUCGCCGAGCUGGCUAGACAGAGGGAGAGACUGGAGAAGGAACUUGCUUUGGAGCAGGAGAAGAUUGCACAGGCGAGGGAUGCGGCCCGCUCCGAGAGCAAGAGAGAGAAAGAGGAACUCGCCCAGAUGGUGACCUCCUUGACAUGCAGAGUGGCCGAGCUAGAGGGCCUUUUGGAUCGAGGAGUCAGAGAGAGGAACUCCCUCAACACUCAGCUAGAGGAGGCCUUUAAGAAGCUCACGGCUCAGGAGACUGACAACAGCAGGGUGUGUGGGGAGCUGCGCUACCAGUUAAGUCAGGCCCAGCUUAAGAGAGAAGAGGCUGAAAGGGAAUUGAGGGACUUUCGCUCUAAACUGGGCCGGCAGCUCGAGUUAGCACAACAGGAAGUGCAGAAGCUGGGUGCAGAGCUGAGUGGCAGCCAGCAGCGUUUGGAGGAGGCCCAGAGGGCAGAGGGCCGAGCUCGGACGGAGGCAGCCGGCCUGGCAGAGGGGCUGAACCGCGCCCAGCGCCAACUGCACCUCACCAGGAAGGAGAAGGAGGCACUGGAGCGGCGUUGUGCGGAGGACAUGGCAGCUCUGACCUUCCAGGCUCAACGGCGCGAGCAUGAGCUGACACAGACGCUCCAGCAAAUGGAAGCGCAGCACGAGAGGAAUGUUGCAGACAUGGACGUCUUGCUGAGCUUGCAGAACGGCCUCAUAGGGAAGCUGAAGGAAGAGUGUCGCACGCUUUGUUCAAAAAUGGAAGAGCUGACCCAGUCUAACAGGGCCGAGGUAGAACAGCUUUCUUUAGAGAAGGAGCACCUGCAGGAGAGCGUGGAGAAGCUUCGAGGUCGCUGUCAUGAGAUAGAGGAACAGUGUGUACAGCAUGGGAGAAUGCACCAGCGCAUGAAACACAGAUUGCAGCAGCUGGACCAGCACUGUCAGUCCAGUGCUCAGCAGGUGAUGGAUCUCCUCAGCAGACAGAAUCAGCUUGUACAGGAGAGACAGUACACUGAAGAGAUGCAGACGCUGUGUGUACAGUUCCCAGCAGAGAGGAGCGAAACUAUCAGAACAGCAUGACGCCGGCUAUUUCCUUCUCUCUCUCGAUGAAGUUAAUCCGAUCACACCGACAGAGCAGCAUCGCCGCGGCUUUACUCCCAAAUCAUGAGGGAUUUUGCUACAAGUAAGAAGUGGGUGAGUGGGUGAGAGUUUGUGCGUGUGAUGGCUGCAGGGGGUCGUGUGACAUCACAGUCCAUACUGCGCACACAGCGGCAGUGCUGGCUCUCGGUCACUAACACUCACACAGUCCCUUCCUCCCUCUCUCUCUCUCACACACACACCCCUUAACACAUGGAUUUAGUAAAUUACGUUGAGGAUUUCUUAUCCGACAAAUAUAUUUAAAACUGUAGAUUUUUCUAAUGUAAAGAUUGAAACUAAUUUAUUUGAUGUGUUUUUAUAUGUUUGGUACUUUGUUUUGCAAACAAAUUUUUGUUAAUAAAUGUUCAAAUCCGAUGCCGUCGACUGGAUAUGAAUUAUACGCUCGAACGCUGAAGAAAUUCAAAGAAAAUAAAUAAAAUUAAAAAAAAAACAAUCGUGUGGAAAAACGGGGUGAUAUUUCAGCUAGGAAGGAAGCAAGAGCAAACACGAGAGGCAAGAUGAGCGCAGAUUGACAUAGUGUUUUAUUUAAGCAGUCUGUAAGAAGGAAAAUAAUGUGCAUCCCUAUCAUAUACAUUUACAUGUAAAAAUACUAAGGAUGUUCAGUGUACAAAAAAGGUUUCUCAUAGAUCAGCGGUUUUCACAUCCUUGUGGGCCAUAUAGUCAUGAAAUAAGCAUUCUCUUUUAGUCAUUAAAUAUCACAACCAGUAAUACAGUUGGUCUUUCGUUUGCUUUUUUUUCCCCGUUCGUUUUGUUUUUUUUGGAUCAAGUCCCUUCUGCAUAAAAAAAAAAAAAAUCUUAACCACAUGUCUAGAUCUUAACAUGGAUCUAAUGACAGAGCUAGCAAGGGCAAGAAGUGUCACAAACUCUAAAGCUACAUGGCCGUAAAAUCAAUUACAAGUUAUUUCUUUCUUUCUUUUUGUCGUGGGUUUUUUUUUUUUUUUUUUUUUUUUGCUCUUUUUCUCUUUUUUGUUUU